AUGUCGAUGGUUUUGACCGCCUUUGAAUGCCUGGAACCGGACAUUAUUGUUUCGUCUAUACCUGACAACCAAGUGUUCCAUGCCAGCCGAAAAGCGCUUCAAAAUAGCAAUGUAUUCCGCGAUAUGUUCAGCUGCUGCGACAGCCGAACAACUCCUGCCGACCAGAUAGUCAGACUCGAUGAACAUGCAAGCAAUCUGACAGUUCUCUUGAAUGUACUGCAUAAUCCGCCCGGGCUCCCCAUCCAAAUUCACAGCUAUACAAAACAUUAUCGCGACCGCAACAGCGCUCAGUCCUAUCAUCUGUUCCAGCGGCAGUACGAUCCCGGAACAGUCAUACCGCUACCGGUUAUACCACUGUUACUCACCCUUGCAGAUAAAUAUUGCAUCGAAUCUAUCACCGAAACACUGAGCGUCCAUCUAUCAGCACAUGCACCAAUAGAUCCCCUUCGUGUAUAUGGCUAUGCCGUUGCGUUUGGCCUAGGGACCGCGGCGUCGACGGCGAGCCAGUACCUUGAUCCAAUGGCGUCCUAUGAUGCUUCUCAAGUUGAAGUCAUCCCAACAGUGGCUGCGUAUCACAGAGUCCUCGUUCUGCAGAACUUUCGAGUCCAGGCGCUGCGGCGAAUUCUUUCCGGGGAAGAAAUAUUUCCUCACGGAUACGGACUCUGUACAUCCCAUCAGCGACAGACAACGUCACUUUGGGAGGCUAGAAGGACAUAUCUUUUGGGCAGAAUUCAAUCAAAUACAGAUGUUGCCUGUGAAAUGGACAUUGUACGGCAGUUAUUAGCAGAUUGCAAAAUCUGCCACAAGGCUUGUUCUGCCGCGGUUGACAUGCUCGGCUACAAAUGUAGAAGGGUUAUCCGACGUGUGGAUCAGCUCAAGGAAGCGACAGAUGGUGAUGAUCCUAUCAAUGGGAUAUAUGAUCUCUAA